AUGGACCGAAAUAAUAAUGGUGUGCCUUUUAUGCGCAAAUCUGAGCCUGAAACAAUGUACUUGCAAUUGCGAGUGGCCGAAGAAAAAAAUAAUGGCAGUAAAUUUGCAUAUUUUUUGGCUCUUUCGACUGCAUCAGCUGUACGAUCAAUCGCUCAUGCAUGUGCUCGUGGUCGCUUACGAUCAUGUGCAUGUGAUCCAUCAAAAAUCGGACCCAUCGAUUCAAAUCGUUCGUUAGUGUGGGCAAGUUGUAAUAUUGAUAGAGGCUCGGACAAUUUAAGAUAUGCUAGGAGGCUAUCAAAGAGAUUAAUCGAUCAGCAAUUCACAUGUUCCGACAAUAAUAGAGCGUUGCAAAUAUAUUUACACAAUAUUGCUGUUGGACGUUCCCGAGUUUCACUUCAAAUCAAAUGUCAAUGCAUAUCGGCAUUUGGAAGUUGUAAAAGUCAACGUUGCGAGGCUCGUGCAACACCGAUUGCAUUGAUAGGCAAUGCAAUCAUCGAAUCACUUUCAAAAACUAGGCGCAUUCGCCGAUCGAAUACCGUAUAUAAAUCACAUGCAAUUUGUCCGCCAAAACGUAACGAGCGACACAUGAGAAAUCGGUGUAUUAUCAACUAUUACAGACCAGUUCCACUAUGGUUAGCUGACUCGCGAGGUUGGAAAUUGGCACAAAUUGGUAUUAAACUCAAAGCAAUGCGAGCGUUAGGAAAAUUUUGA